GUUUCACCUUUGUGGGUUGGCAAUUAUGGCAUGAGGCAUGACCACGGGCAUGACCGAAGCAGAAUAAAUAAAAUAACAAAGCAAAUAAUUUUGUCAGCGAGCUUUGCGGUUACGUGGACGCAGUUAUACUUAUCGGCUUAUCUUUCAAUGAAAAUUUGCUGCCGAUAACAAUUGUCGAAAAUUAAACCUACCAAAAUUUUUGAGAUAAAAAUUUUCUGAAGUGCUGGGAACCAUUGAGUAAUUGUAGUCAAAAUUUUGACUUCGUCUUCCAAUAAUGGGGAAGGUCGACGAGAAAAGAAACGUCCCUUCGAUUUUGAGACGAUGUUUGGCAGUGGACGCUUACUUAACCAAUGUUUUUGUCAAAAACAUUGAAAGGUUUUUACCUCUGAGGCAACUCAAAGUUCACUAUCAAGUGCUUGAGUAUUCAUGCCAUGGAAUCAUUUGGUUGGCAGGAUUGUUGGCAUUUAUUUGGAUCCUGAAUAAAAGAGAUCUAUACCAAAUGCAAGUCAACCUUAUGCUAGCUCUUGUAUUGGAUAUCCUUGUGAUUGCUGUUCUCAAAGCAACAACACGAAGACGUCGUCCUAGAGAGAAUACAGACCCUCUUUGUAUGGGUCCAGACAAAUAUUCUUUUCCUUCGGGUCAUGCAUCACGUUCUGCCAUGAUCGUUUAUUUUUUCUUCAAUCUUUGGCCAGUGUCGGUUGUAUUUAUUCCACCGCUGCUCGCCUGGACAACGUCAAUUUGUCUUUCUCGUCUUCUUAUGAGAAGACAUCACCUUCUAGACGUUGCAGCUGGAGUAAUUGUGGGUAUUCUUGAAGGAAUGUUCAUAGGUUUGAUUUACCUUGAGCCAGCAACAUGCGCAAAUCUUAUUUCUUGGCUGAGCGAUGAAAAACUUCCAGGUGCGGAGUAUGAUGUUUGAUAAAUGAUUAUCUGGCUGUUGAGGUUUUGCAUUGAUUUUUUUAGCGUUCCUGAAAAUUGUUUGUUUUCUUAUUUCAUUGAGCAUUUCCACCAAAGGAUAAUUGUGACUUAGCACAACUCGUGUUGAUUUUAUACAAAUUAGGUUUAAUGAGAAUUGUAAUGUGAGACGAAUAAAUACAAUAUUUUGAUGAA